AUGAGGCCGUGGAUGAGCAAGUCGCUUAGCUUUGGAAUUUUAGGGCUCUUUCUGGUGGCCCUCGGCAACUCCCUCUGCUUCCUAUGGCCGACAAUUUUUGAUCAGAUUCUUCGAAAAGAAUUGGCCCUCUCACCGACUUCUAAGAGUUUCCAGGUAUGGAAGGACACCAGCAACAUACCGCCAAGAUUUAUGAAAAUAUAUUUCUUUAACUGGACCAAUCCGGAGGAAUUAAACCUAAAGAAACCGCAAUUCACUCAAGUUGGUCCUUACUACUUUAAGGAAGUAAGGAAAAAGGACUCCAUCAAGUUUAAUCAUGAGAACAACACUGUCAGCUAUAGGCAACGACGAUUAUGGUACUUCGAUGAGAAGCAGAGCAAUGGGAGUCUUAGCGACAUUAUUACCAAUUUGGAUGUCGUCGUUGCGUCAGGAGUGUACGCAAUUCGAUACUGGAAUGUCGAUUCGCAGAAAGCAGUGUCCUUCCUCUUGAGGAGUAUCAGACGACGGCAUUACACUAGUAAAACAGUAAAUGAACUGCUGUUUGCAGGCUACAGUGACAACCUGCUCACCAUGAGCAAAGUUGGGCCGGUGAAUGAUGUUCCGCCUUUCGAUCGUUUCGGCUGGUUUUACAUGAGGAACGGCAGCUACGACAUGGACGGGCACUUAAAUGUGGAAACGGGUGAGAAUGACAUCAGCCAGUUGGGAAUCUUGAGAAAGUGGAACUAUAGAGAUACGUUGAAAUUCUACAAGAGUCCUUGUAACAUUAUUGAAGGCAGCGCGGGAGAAUUUUGGCCACCCGGCAGAACAAAAGAUGAGAUUACUUUGUUCAGCGUAGACGUAUGCCGUCCAUUAAUCUAUGAAUACGAGGGAACGGUUUCUCAUUUCGGCAUCGAGGGUUAUCGAUAUAUCAUCGAUAAGAAGACUCUCGGUAACAACACGAGACGACGUUAUCCUCACGAGCAGGCGAAAUUUUUCGAGCCGACCACGACAACCGAGAACGUCUGCGCAGCGGAGCAUUUGUCCGAGAUGGGAUUCAGCACGACCACCGAAAGCGUGGCUUCCGACAACGGUCGCUCGUCCGAAAAGAGCUCGGACGAGUACUCGGACGACGAUCCGGAUGUCAUUAACUUGGGUCAUUGUUUCUGCGGUGGCGAUUGUACGCCGUUGGGUUUAAUAAACGUGUCCGCGUGUCGUUUCGGUGCGCCGGUCUUCAUAAGUCUACCUCAUUUCUACAAGGCUGAUCCCGUGCUUCUCGACCAAGUCGAGGGACUCAAGCCCAACGAGAAGGAUCACAGCUUCUCCAUCACCCUCGAACCCACGACGGGAAUUCCUCUAGAUGUAUCGGCUAGAUUCCAAAUUAAUGUCCUUAUCCAGCCAUCGGAGAUUGUGACGAUGUUUAACAAUGUGCCUAAGAUCUACAUCCCGAUAUUUUGGUCCGAGUUGAAGGUAGAAGUUAACGAGGAGAUGGCAUCAAAUUUAAGUAUGUUACUAGCAUUUUCAAUCGUGAUGCUAAGUAUAGGCAAAAUUAUGAUAACUAUCGGAUGCUUAAUCGGUGCCGUAACGUUCCUUUAUUUCAAGAAGAAACAACAUGUACCUCCAGCGGAUACCGCGUCGGAAAAAGCAGUAGAUGAAUCGCCUGACAAGAAGACGGAAAUGGUGAUGGAUAAGACGAGUACCAAUUAAGACCCCAACGUCAGAGGCGAUCGCCGUUUGUACGCAAAACUCUACUGAAUGUCUCUCUGCAGACAGAACUUCGUCUCUGGAAUAAAUGGUGUGAAGAAGUGUGCAAUUGUGGAGCAAGUAUUGGAUAACAUAAUGUGUUAAUAUAUAUUAUUAA